GUUGCGUUGUUUCCAUAACAACUACGUGCUAGUUUCAAACAAACUUUGUUUGCGACGGGCUUUCUAACUUCUCCGAAGCUGCUUCCUUUCCAUAAAUUUUAAGCCCAGGUCAGUGCGGUGGGCUCUGUGACUGGCUGAAGAAAGACCCUUUCUGAAACCAAGGCAUCAUGGCAUGUCUGACCGUAGAUCUCAUUGCUAAAUCUGGAAAAAACUUCAAAAAGAGAAGGGGCAUCUCUCUUCUGCAAUACCUGAAGACCCUGACCCAUCUCCACUUUUCCAACAGGAACAUUGAAGAGAUUGGAGAUCUGUCCAUGUGCGGGAACCUCACUGUGCUUUACCUGUUUGAGAAUCGCUUAACAAAGAUUUGCAGCUUGGACUUUGCCUCCAACCUCACCCAUCUGUAUCUGCAGAACAACAACAUCACUCAUAUGGAUAAUCUCUCCAACCUGAAGAAACUCUCCAAACUGUAUCUGAGUAGGAACAGAAUUUCAGUGGUGGAGGGUUUGGAGGAGCUCCGCGGACUCAAAGAGCUUCAUUUGGAGAAUCAACAGCUGGAGCCAGGGGACCAGUUGCUCUUUGACCCCAUGAGUGUCCUCGCUCUUGCUGAAUCUCUUUGCGUGCUGAAUAUUAAUAACAAUAACGUUGAGGACAUCAAAGACCUGUCGGUGCUGAAGGAACUCGAACAUUUUUCUGCUGCUAAGAACAAGUUGCUUCAUAUUGACGAGUUGGAGAACGUGUUUGAGCUCUGGUCCAAGCUGCUCAUAUUGGAUUUGAAUGGAAAUCCUGUGUGUAAACAACGAAAGUACAGAGAUCGCCUUAUAGUUGCGUGCCAAAAACUUGGCACUCUCGAUGGUAAAGACAUUAACGAGAUAACCAGGCAAUUCCUUGUUAACUGGAAAGCAGCAAAAGAAAGCAAAAAGAGAAAAAACAAGAAUCCAAUGUUGACUUGGCCCGUGGUUGCUCAUCCUCCCUCAGAUGACUUUGGGUUCGCAGAGUCAGAGCCGAGUCAGAGUUCACAUCCUCUUCGGAUCUACCGGCCCAGCGACAUGCAUCGCGGGGAGCCACAGGAGCCUCUUCGGCCCUUUAUAUCGGUUCAAAGUCAGUCCAUAAGUCCAAUUUCUGAGGUCAUCAGUCUGAGGUCCUGAGAAUCCCUGCUAUAUUCCAACACAGCGCGGCCCUGUUUUGUCUAAACACCUUUCAUCUUUAAGCCAUAUAUUCUGUAGCUGCAGUGGGUAAAAUUCAUGGCAUAUCCUCUAAUGAGUAAAACAGCAGUUCUUCUUCUUUUUCUUCUUCUUCUAGAUUUUUAGUUUCUGUACAAAUAAAUCAUUUGCAACUCA